AUGGGCAACCAGGGCAUGCAAGCUUAUGAUCUGAAACAGGCCGCUGCUGUCUUCCAGCCUUCCACUGAGACUCACACUGGCCCAACCCAUCUUUUCAAUAGUCCUCAGGUUGGCGGACACCCUUUAUAUGUCAUCAGCAUCCUGAACUCAGCGGCAAUCCUGGGAAACUCAGUGAUUAUUCGAGCUCACAUUUGCCCCGCUGGGCCUCAGCCUUGGGUAGACCAAGGUCUGCAGAAGGAGGAACUGCCAGCCUGCCUCACACGCCAGAGGAAGCACAGCCACUCAGUGGGCAUAGAAGAGCUGACAGCAGGGAGGACGCCACCGCCCCACGCAGACCUUGCACAGAGCCUGAGCCAGGGAAAGAUUGAACAUCAAGUGACCCUGGAAGAACUACAAAAUCUGAAUGCACUAUUUCAGGAGCAUGAAAAGAGAGGAAGACAACUGCUGGAUAUGGAAACAUUCAAAAGCAUAAUGAAGCAGAGUAUGAAGUCCCAGAAUAAAAAUAUCGAACAGAUAGAACAACUUUUCAUGAAAAUAGACUAUGAAGCAGUGGGUAAAAUUCAAUGGGAUGGCUUAUGCACGUAUCUGCAGCUGGAGUAUUUGAAGCAAGCCAAGGCUUUGGCCCGACAGAAAGAGGUGUCCUUCCUGUCGCCUGCUGUGCUGCGGAGGCUGUCACGUGGGGGUCCCGUGCUACGCAUUCUUUCCGUGCCUGAUGACACCUUAAUCAUGAUCAGAGAAGAUGGAGCUAUUUAUUUCUGGUCCCUGCAGCUGAAGCUGAAAAGGAAAAAGUGGAUUUUUGGCAAGUCCAUCAGCCAGAAGCCCCGGUGGGUGACAGAUGUUGUCAGCAUGCCACAGUACAACAAACUGAUCAUUGGGACUGGAAGCCGUGAACUGCAGCUGUAUGAGCUUUCUAACUUGGAGCCUUACUGUCAGAUUGGCAGCCUGGAAGCUGUUCCUCUGAAACUGGACUACUGCUCUGUGGAUCCUGACAAGUGCCUGCUCGUCUAUGGUGAUGACCAGGCCGCAGCCCACGUGGGGAGUGAGGGAAAGGUCCACGCACUGCCAGCUCUAGGGGACGCCAUGCACACAGCAUGUGACCUCAAUGACGACCUGGAUGUGGGCCACUCAGCCUCCAGGCUGGAAUCCCGGCAGAGAAGGCUGGAGAAGAAACGAGGUGGCAGAGGGUCCACCGUACCCCGUGGUUACCAGCUCCCAACUUGGAAAAAGAUGCCCAAAGUUGAGAACAUGCCAAACAUCACCAUUCAUUAUGCUAUGGCCAAUCCAAACGUGACCUACAUCCGUUGGAAAGUUCAUGGAGACUGGGUUACUCAGCUGAACUACUAUGAUUCUAUGAAAGCCAUCAUUUCCAGCUCCAACCACGAACCUACUGCUCUAGUAAUAGGGUGCACUAUGGGAACAACAAAUGUAAAACAAAAGAUGAAAGAGAUAAGGAAUGUUAGAAAAGAUGUCAAGACAAGAAAAGGCCAAGCAUUGCCCCAAAGGCGAGCAGAAUGUGAUCAAACAGUGUUUCGCAUCCAUAAAGGAGUCAAGGCAUUUUCAUUCUGUAAGAGAAAUAAUUUGCUGCUGACAGGUGGAAUGGAUAGAAUAAUUAGAGCCUGGAAUCCUUAUCUGCCUGGAAAACCAACAGGUGUGCUGAAAAGCCACAUGGCUCCAGUGAUCUACAUCCACACAGCUUCUGAGGAUAACAAAAUAUUUUCCAUGUCCACUGACAACACCAUUAAGAUCUGGGACCUGGAAACCUAUAGCUGCUUGUUCACAGCUUCUUCCAAAGUUAGUGGCAUUAAAGGGGAUCUCACAGCCUGCCUCUACCUCCCAGAACCCCAAGCUCUGUGUGUGGCCACUAAUGCUGUGGCUCUCCUGCACCUGCGACUAAGACCUGCCCCAGAGCCCCACCUGGUGCUUUCCCACCAAGACCCUGUGGUGUGUUGCAAGUACAACCCGGCCUUCAGGCAUGUGGUCAGCUGCUCUGAAGCAUCUAUGGUGAAAAUAUGGGACUUUGAAACAGGAAGACAGGUAUCUGAAUUCACUGGGGCUCAUGGCCAUGCUGGGAUCACUUGUCUGACCUUUGACUCCAGUGGAAGAAGAUUAAUUACUGGAGGCAGAGACGGCUGUCUGAAAAUAUGGAGCUACAACAAUGGACAUUGCCUGCACACCCUAAAACAGGAUGCAAAACAAAGUGAACUCUGUGAUUGCACCUACUUGGAAGUGCACCAAAACAAGUGUAUUAUAGCUGUUGGAUGGGACAGAAGAAUAAAUGUGUAUUUUGAUGCACCGCAUGACUUUCAUCACUUCUGGAAGCCACAGCCACACUGGCAGGAUGACCUGAACCAUGGGCACAAGGAGGAUAUCCUUUGUGUGGUACAAUGCCCACCCUUUCUUCUGGCCACCUCCAGUUAUGAUGGGGAGAUUAUCAUCUGGAAUGUCAUUUCAGGCCAUGUAUGCUGCAAACUAAACACUCCUAGCCCCUCGAAUGUCCCGGAUCCUCGAAAAGGCCCAGAUCAAAGUGUUUCCUGCCUUGCCUUCCUGAAGACCCGGGCAGCCAAGCUGGAUACAACUGCUGCUUCCCUCGUUGCCAAUGGACCUGGAGGUUCCGUUACCUUCUGGAGGCUGUUUGGUGUGACUGGCCUUUUUGCAAAUUUCACUCCUUCCAGAGGAAAAGCCCAGGUGAGCAGCAUCGCGGUGACAGCAGGAGAUGCCCUUGUCUACCUGGCUGAUCAGCAAGGCUUUGUGCACAUCUAUGACAUCAAGGAGUAUGGACUGUGGGGACCAGAGCUACAGCCUCCCAAGAAUGUGACCUUCUGGAGGGCCCAUGUCAGCAUAGUGACAUCUCUGGAGCUGAUAGAGGAAGAAAAUUUUCUGCUGUCAUCUUCUCUUGAUUGCACAGUGCGCCUGUGGACCAAGGAUGGAGUGUACAUAGGAACCUUUGGGCAGAGUAACCCCUGGGAUAUUUUUACUCCUUCAUCUUGGAGUCACCCAAGGGUCCCUUAUGAAAUUCUGACAGAUCCCCAGAGCAUGCCUACUCACCCUACUCUGGAAGGAGAAACUCCUGCUGGGUGCCCAGCAGGAAGGGAGAAGCCAGAUGAUGUGACGGAGGAGAAGACCUGGGCUGAGCCUGGAAAGUCCUCUAACCUCUGCUCUCCAGAAAAUUUGAUCCUUGAAGUUGAGAAGAAAGAAGAAAUGAACCAAUGGUCUGAAUUUCCCCAUGGCAGGCUGCUGACAGCACAGAAUAAGCCUUGCUGGAAAUCACCUGAGCCUGGAUGGCCCAGCAUCUACCAGACCCUCCGGUGCCAUGAGAUUGCCAGCGUGUCAGCCCUUGGGGAGAAGCCAGAUUUGUCCAUUAUUGGCUCUGACUUACUGAAUGUGAAUUUCCUUAUGCAAGAAGAAGAAGCAAGUGGAGCUACUCAGGAUUCCUGA